AUGCUGCCUGGGAGAGCGGCUGACGUCCGCCACUGCGUCCUGACGAGCCGCUGGCUGCCUGCAGCUCUGGCUCUGCUCCUCCUCCUCUCCUCCAGCUUCAGCAGAGUGCACAGCACCACGGUGGAGCACGACUUCCACAUUGUUCACAAUGUCGACAACAGAAGUCCAGAGAUCGACCCAUUCUGGUAUGUGGGGCGUGGGGUGAGACCCAUCGGGCGCUUCGGGAAGAGGCACAGCAGCGUGGAGGCUCUGGCCAGCGGGGGGAUGCAGCCUGUGGUCAGGAUGUUGGCGCUGCUGUUCAACAGCCUCAGAAACAAGGAGAACCUCGGGGAAGUGCUAGAUGGGGAGGACAGGGAUUGGUUACCGUGACAGCGUGUCCUCCCUUCAUUCACAAACUCAGUGUGUCUUAAUUUAAAAAUAAAAAAAAAAAAAAUCUAGAUUGAGGUUAUAUACUCGUUUGCUCUAGUUCUUAACAGUGUUUCUCUCUGGUGUCUGUUCCGAGGCCUUCAUUGAUAGGAUUCUUGAUGAAAUCACUCUCCAAAUGUAUCUGUACAUAAAAAUGCAUUCUAUAUUGAUUAAUAAACCAGG